UUGGUCAAAGUGACGUAUUGCUGUUAGGACCAACGAAGUCAUUUUGUAAUAAAGAGAUUUAAAAUUAAUGGUUACAUUUUUUAAAUCAAUAAUUGUACUAUGAAUCAAAGUAUUCAACAAUCUGAUAAUAAUAGUAGUAUAUAAACGCUACGUUACAUGAAGUUUUACUCCUAAAGCAAGUUAUACUUAUAGUCUUACCUGUAUCAUGGAAAAGGAAUUUGUAGAAAACCUCACUGCAGCAGUGUCAAACGGUAGAACUGAUAUUGUUCGUUCACUAAUAUCAGCAUCUGAAAAAAGUAACAGUGAAGGUCAAGCAUCAGUGAUUGACAUGCUGAAUGAUUUGAAUACCCAACAUGGAACACUCCUUCAUUUAGCAACCAAGUUGGACCAUGUUGAUAUUGUUCGCACUUUGCUAUCAGCGGGUGCUAACCCUGGAGUGCAGAACAAGGAAGGAGAGACACCUUUAGACCUUGUGGCUACAGACAGAAUGGCAAUGGUUUAUGCAGAAGAACUCUUGAAGGCAACAGCUCAGUCUGAUAUAGGACGAAUUAUUCAGCUGCUUCAGGCAGGAGUUAGUGUGAAUGCUCAAGACUGUCCAAGUAGUGGAAACACAGCUUUACACUGGGGAGCAAGCUUUAGUAAUGUGGAAGUUGUGCAAUGUUUGUUAGACUAUGGUGCUGAUGUAAAUACAGUAAAUGGCAUGGGUGCUACUCCUUUACAUGAUGCUGUGCAACGUGGUGAUAUUGGAGUUGUGGAGAAGUUGUUAGAUGCAGGGGCCAAUCCUUUCGUGAAGGCAGUUAAAGGGAAGUUUGCUGGAAAAUCUCCAGUGGAUUUAGCAGAUGAAAAUUCAGAAAUGUAUCAUGUUUUGUGUUCUGGUCAUAUAGGAACUUGUGAAGCAUUAGCAGAUGGUCAUGAUGUUGCAGAUAUUCAGAGCUUAUCAUUGGAAUCUCUGGCUAGUGCAGACCAUGGGAAUCUUACGCCUAGUGUUAGUCGAUUGUCACUAACCUCGGGAGAUUCUCCUUCCAGACAAGAGUCUUUUGUUACACAUCAGACAGCUGAGCUCCCAACUUUAAUGCCACUUGCUACUUCUCAUCUACCUCUGGUGACUGAUAGUCGUCUUCAUCUUUUGUGGCCUCAGCCACGGAGAAUCGUACAAACUGAAGGCCACAACUUUAUACCCAAAGAACAGUUUGGAGUUCACUUUCUUCAGAGUACAGGAAAUGUAUCUGUUCAUGCUAUACAAGAGAUCUGGGAAAUUCAUCGUACAGAACUGCAAACACUAGGUUAUCAACUGAAUAUAGAUGGUAUACUACCUGCUUCCAGUAGUCCUGAAGCUAGAAUCAUCUGUUUGGUGAAUCCAGCACUGUUUGCUCAUAAUGAAAGUUACAGAGUUGCAGUGACUUCUUCUCAAAUUAGGAUUAUUGGAGGAGAUUUGGCUGGCCUUCAUCACGCGAUUAACUCACUGAUGCAGCUGUUGAGGUUAUAUUCUGGAGAAGAAGGAAUACCAACGGUUUUUAUAGAUGAUUCUCCAAACUUAAAGCAUCGUGGUGUAUUGAUUGAUGUUUCUUCUGAAGCUAGAAUUCCUACAUUGGAAACUUUGAAAGGACAAAUUGAUAUUCUUUCAUCAGUGAAAAUAAAUCAAUUGCAUCUUUAUGUAAGGUUUGCUCUCAGGGACAAUUGGCAAGUUCCUUAUAGUAAUAAAGAUCUACUGGAGUUAGACUACUACUGUUGUCAGAGGUUUGUAACUGUAGUGCCAACCCUUGAUACUGAUGGACAUGUAGCUUUUGAUCAGCUACCUGAAGUGUACAGGGCUUUUCAGGAUUUGUUAGCUUGUUUUAGUUGUUUACAGUCUGUACACAUAGGCCCUCAACUUUCUCGACUCCUGCUAAAUCCUCAGGAUGAAAACCACAAUUUGCAAGAUAUCUGGAGGCUUCUACCAUUGCAUCCAGGGACAGUGAUAUAUCUGAACACAAGCUGUUUUAAAGAAAAUGCAAAUCAAAUCCAAAAUGUUCCUCUAAAUAUCAUCCUUGUUGAAUAUGGACAUGAGGCAUCUACAGACUUCAGCACACCAUGCAAAUCUCUCACCCAAAGUGGAAGUACAAUGUGUUUAUGUGCUGGAACGUCUUCUUGGAACAGCAUAGCUGGCUGUCCCGAAGCAGCCGUCAGUAACAUCUAUAGAGCAGUGCAGGCUGCUAGCAGUCACAACCUACUGGGAUUGAUAAUAGCUGAUUGGUCAGGAGCAGCCCACCACACAGCUAGAACAUUUAGCUGGCCAGGCUAUGUUACUGGAGCAGGGCUGGCAUGGAACAGUACAACUCAUUGGGAUUACAUUCACAGUCGUCUAGGAGAACUGAUGAACAGGUUUGUGUUGUUAGACUCCGAAGAUGUUCUUGGUCAGGUUGUGGUGGAACUUGGACGUGCAGAAACGUACAUACUGCGGGCUGGUCGCAGCCAAGGAGACCACGAUAUUACCAAUCUACCAGAUCCUAAUGCAACAGUACUACAACAGUUAAUUAUUGAUCCUGACAGUGUGUGUCUAGAUAACCUUACCAUUGACAUCUUUCAGAAAGCUGUACGUCACAUUAAACGCUGCCAGUUAGAGCUGCACAAAGCUAAGGUGCAAUGUUUCCAAAGUGGAGAAGUAAUAUCAGAACUGCAGAUGGCUGUAGAACUUAUGCUCUUUGCAUGCAGAAUUGGCAGGUUGCUCAUUACCAAUGGGCAAAAUCCAGAUAGCCGUUGUGGGGUAGCAGUCAUCAACGUGGGUUUGGUCAAUCUUCCCCCAACAUCUCGCACUGACUUAGCUAACAAGUUAAUUGGGUUAACAGAGCAAUUCAGAGCUGUUUGGCUGAGCAGAAACUUACCCCCAGGUCUUCAUGCUUCCCUGCUAAUCUUCAACACCAUUUUGAACAGGUUAAUACCUGAUUGUACACAAACUCAUUCACAUGAAUCUGGUGUGCUGGAAUGAACAUAUGAGCUAUUUAGGGAUACAUUUUUGGACACAGCUAACUUUGCACGUGGAGUACUGAAUCACCAUUUCAAGACGCUCAUCACAGUAAAUUUUUAUGUUUACAAGUGACAAAGUGGUCAUGCAUUUCACAUCACUGGGUUGAAUGUGGGUGCCAUUAGUAGAAAGUGUUUAAUUUAAACUCGGCUAAAUGUAUACAUGUGUAAUAACAAAAACAAACUAACAUGUCUUAUUUUGUGUAGAAGAAAAUCCAUUUGUUUCAAUUCUUUAGAUAAUUUCCCAAGCUUCACCCAAUAUUUUACUUUGACAGUACAUCAGCAUCUGUGAUACUGUGGUCAGAGAAUGCAGACAUUAGUAUUUACAAGAAUUGCCUGAACCAAAUAUUUUAACUGUGAAUGAUAGUUUGUUUUCAUAAUCCUUUUUUUUUUAAGUUUUGUUCAAGAAUUAUAAUCAUUAAACCUAUGUACAAAAGUAGAAUCACAACAAAAAUGAUUUAAUAAAAACUUAUCACACAGAAAA